UAAAAACUCUUCCCUAAAUGUUACAUGUAUAGAUGGCUCCUGCAAAGAAAGGUGGUGAAAAGAAAAAAGGACGAUCAGCGAUCAAUGAGGUGGUUACUCGUGAAUAUACUAUAAACAUUCACAAGCGGAUGCAUGGCGUGGGCUUCAAGAAGCGGGCUCCCCGUGCUCUGAAGGAGAUACGCAAGUUUGCAAUGAAAGAGAUGGGGACGCCUGAUGUACGAAUUGACACCCGUUUGAACAAAGCAGUCUGGGCGAAGGGAAUAAGAAAUGUUCCCUAUCGUAUCCGUGUGCGUUUAUCUAGAAAACGCAAUGAAGAUGAAGAUUCACCCAAUAAACUGUACACGCUGGUUACUUAUGUGCCAGUUACUACUUUCAAAAGUCUACAGACAGUCAAUGUGGAUGAAAACUAAAUUUUCAUUACAAUAAAAAUUAUAAUGAAACUUA